GAGUAUUUUAUAGCAGUUUAAGGCAAUAUGCAACAUUAACAGUCUUGGUUACAAUACCUAAAAACUGGUAACGGCACAUUUACUAAGAACUCACUGUUAAUACAUUUUAGAAAAUGUUAAUGCUUGGGCGCUGUUAAACCAGGGCUGCCCUGGUACAUUACUUUUUACAUCAGAUCAAAUAUGGCGCUGGUGUGUUGUUGUCGCUGUCGCAAUUUGGCCAAAAUUAAUUCGAAUUAAUCGCGUCGUGCACAAAAAGUGACAAAACCGCAAUCGCAAGGCGAACAGAAGCAGUAUUAAUCUUUGCAAAACGCCCGUGCAAAGUUAUUUUUAAAACUGCAUCGAAAAAAAAACGGAGUUGCAGUAUAAAACGAAGUAGCCGAAAAAAUUGUGUCUCUACUCCUUGAAAAGGAGUUUAGUUUUUCGCUCUCCGUUAAUGUGUGUGCGUGUGUGUGUGUGUGUUUGUUUGUGUAAGUGCUGUUCGAGUAAAGUGCUGCCGAAAACUAAAUAAAUUGAAUUAAAAUUGCGGCUUCUUUCCUGUUGUAACGAAACAAAAUAAUUUUACUGAAGAAACCCUGGAAAAACACGCAGCAAGCACUUUUAUCGGCGAUUAGUUGUGCUGUCUUUGCCCGCCGCCACUCGAUUUGAGUGUGUGCGUGUGCGUGCUUGCAACAGCAGGAAAAAGGGAGUAGCUGCCAGGCAGCGGACACUAACACCAACGCAUUUUCACUGUGGAAUUAACGAAAAUGAUGUGAUAUCAUAAAUAUAAUUAACAAGAAAAAGCGAGGAGACGAGCAGCACCUGGUGGAAGCCAAGCGAAGCACAACUAACCCCCCGCUCCAUACAUCAAAAGUCCGCCCGGUUUUCCGCUUAAGCAACAGAAACAGUAUCAAAAACAAACAAAAACGAAAUGACUGAGCAAAGCAUUAUUGGCGCCCGCGCCUCUGUGAUGGUCUACGAUGACAACCAGAAAAAGUGGGUGCCAUCGGGCAGCUCGUCGGGAUUGAGCAAGGUGCAAAUCUAUCAUCACCAGCAGAAUAACACAUUUCGUGUGGUGGGACGCAAGCUGCAAGACCAUGAGGUGGUCAUCAACUGCUCUAUACUUAAGGGUCUCAAAUAUAAUCAGGCUACGGCUACGUUCCAUCAGUGGCGCGACUCCAAGUAUGUAUACGGUCUUAACUUUUCCAGCCAGAGCGACGCGGAGAACUUUGCUCGGGCCAUGAUGCAUGCUCUGGAGGUGCUGAGUGGUCGCGUAGUCAACAAUCCUGCCGGCCAGCCUACAAAUGGCAAUGGAUACGAGGAGGAUAUGGGCUACCGUACGAUGACCAGCGAAGAUGCGGCAAUUUUGCGACAGAACAACGGUAUGGCCGGCCACAUAACACCCUCGGCCCAAACGCCAACAUCGCAGACAAAUCAGAACAACAUACCGCAGAGUCCGCCAACGCCGCAGGGACAUCAUCGCACCAGCAGGAAUUCCCUUAGCGCACCGCCGGCGCCGCAGCCGCAGCAACAACAGCAAUUGGCAUCACAGCCGGGCUCGCACUACGGACCCACUUCAAACGGGCCAACGUCCAAUGGCCUGCCACAGCAGGGUAAUCCACAGAUGCAAAUUCCUCCUGCACCCGGCCAGACACAGCAGCAACAACAGCAGCAGCAGCAACAACAGCAGCAGCAGCAGCAACAAUACCAACAGCAGCAACAGCCCGUCUAUAAUACGCAGCAACAGCAGCAGCCACAGAUGGUGCAAGCGGGAUAUGCGCCCCCACAGCCACAGCCACCGAUGCCGCCGGUGCAUCAGAAUGGGGGCGGACCCAUAUAUGGGUCUGCGCAGCCAGCCCACAUACCGAGCUCGGCAAGCUCCAAUAGCGUCGUGUACACCACUCAGCAGCAGUUGUUACCUCAGCCACCGCUGGCGCCGGGUAUGCCCGCUCCUGGGUAUGUCCAGCACAAUGGCCAGCAGCAGCAGGCGGAGAAUCCUUAUGGGCAAGUUCCGCUGGCACCACCUAUGAUGCAGCAACAGGGCGGUGGUGUUCCAAUGCCGCCGCCACUUAAUCGCAUGAGCAGCACAGGCGGCGGUCCAGGACAGGCGGCUGCGCCGGCGCCACCACCACCGCCACCUACAUUCGGUGGUGCACCGCCGGCCCCGCCACAGAUGUUUAAUGGAGCUCCAGCGCCACCGCAGCCGCCGGCACCGCCUGCGCUACCGGCUCAGGGGGGGCCAUCAUGUGGACCAGGCGGUCCUGGAGCACCACCGCCGCCGCCACCGCCCCCCGUGGGUGCCGGUGCCGCAGGUAAGAAGGAUGAUCCGCAAGCCGAUCUUAUGGGCUCGUUGGCCUCGCAGCUGCAGCAGUUUAAACUAAAAAAGAACAAGUCCACGACAGCUGCUCCUGAAAAUAGCGGCAGCAGCACCUCAAGCGGCGGCAGCGGUAAUUAUGGCACCAUUGGACGUAGCUCCAAUGGCAUGGCAUCCAUGAUGGACGAGAUGGCCAAGACGCUCGCUCGGCGUCGUGCGCAGGCCGAGAAAAAGGAGCCCGAUCCUGAGCCAGAAGUUAAACAAAGGCCGUGGGAAAAGUCAAAUACGUUGCCCCACAAGUUGAGCAGUGGCGGCGGCAGCAACACCACGUCAAGUGCACAAGUCGGAGCCAACGGCAGUGGCGGCAGCGGUAACAACACAACGAACAGCGGUGGCGAAUCGCCGCGUCCCAUGCGCAAGCGUUUCGGCAGCGCCAGCGAGGAGACCAUUCUCAAGCAGGUCAAUGGCGAUGGUCUGUCGCUGGCGCUGUCCAACAGCGACCUGGACACCCUGAAAGCUGAGAUAGUGCGUGAGAUGCGGCUGGAGAUACAGAAAGUGAAAAACGAAAUCAUAGACGCUAUCAAAUCGGAGUUCAAUCGUAGAUAGAUCAAAAUAAAUAUUUAGCCUCAAAGCAGCCUCUAUCACUGUCUACUGUUUACUGCCUACACCAAGUAUAACAAGAAUAAGAACCAGAAACACCAACACUUUACACAAACACUGUCCUAAAAGUGAGCCCGGCUAUGGGCGUGUUGUCGUGUCUUCAGCAACCGGCGCACGUGUCACGAACUGAGUUAUAUUGCAUGUAAACAGAAACCGCGUCAAAUAUUUAAAUGUGUAAUUUUAAAUAUUUUAAUUGUAUUUCAUUCAUAUAUUCAAAUGGCGCCCAACAUAAUGGGCAUAUACAAGCAGCAUAUACAUAUAUACAAAUUUAUAUAUAUCUACA